AAAGUGAUCCUCCUCACCGGCGCGGCGAGCGGUAUUGGGUAAGUUAUAUCACAUCUAUCUCUUACCUAGACUUUGUUCGGAUGCCACUCUAUAGCUCAUGCAUUUACAUUCGUCCUUUAGACGGGGCACAGCAAUUAAAUUAGAUAGCCUUGGUGCUAUCCUUGCUAUCACGGAUGUCAACGAGCCUGCACUGGCUGAGACCCUUACGCUAUGCUCAGGCGGCAGCAAUUCAGAGCAUCAUACUGCUCAUACUCUUGACGUAUCCAAGUCCGCCGACGUGGAAGAACGCGUAGCCCAGGUUGUGGCUAAAUACGGGCACAUCGACCACGUAUUCAACUGCGCCGGCAUCAACCCAAUCGCCAUGUCCCUGACGGAAACAAGCGAGGCAUAUUUCGACAAGCUCGUCAACGUCAACCUAAAGGGCAUGUUCAACGUAACCAAAGCCACUAUCCCGCACAUGACAGCCCCGGGUGGCAGUUAUGUCAACGUAAGUUCUAUCUCCGGAUGGAAUCCCGACGCGGGAACAGCCGUGUACUGCGCGACCAAGUUCGGUGUCAUCGGCUUCAGCAAGUGCAUGGCGCUUGAACUAGGACCAAAAGGCAUCCGGGUGAAUAUUCUCGCACCGGGAUACAUUAAUACCCCGACCAAUGCGGGAAUCGUUAGGGGAACGCCCGAAGCAAGACAACGUAUGGAGCAGGGUAAUGCUCUAGGAAGGAUGGGUACGCCGGAGGAUAUUGCAGGCGUUUCUGCUUUCUUGAUGAGUGAUGAGGCUAGAUAUAUGAAUGGCAGUGUUGUCGGGGUUGACGGGAUGCUGAUAACGUGAAGCAGACUUGCCACAUUUACGUCCCUUAGACUCUGAGCUUUGCGCUUGCUCGUAUACCUCAUGGCUUAAUAGUUCAUGGUGAUAUCCUCAUAGCUCCUGAAUACAAAUCUCUUAUGCCACCACAUACUGGCCAGGUUUGGUCUUUAAAUCAUUAGCCUCUUAUGUUUAGGGGUUCUACCUCAUGGCUCCUUUAUCAGAUUUCGGGUCUAAGAAAUC